CUAUAGGUGUGAGAUUUUAAUCCAAAAUCCAUGAUAAAAAUCCUUGAAGCAAACUACAAGUCAUAUGUAACAUGUGGGGUAAUUAGCACAAAAUGUCACAAACCUAUUCGCUUUGUACACAAAGGUCACAAACCUUACAUUUUGUACGUUUCAGUAACAUAUAUUUGAGCGAAUGACGAAAAGGUCUUUCCGUCCAUCCACAUCCAAAAAAUCAUUAUUUUCGUCCAGUCACCAUGCCACGUCACUUAAAAUAUUAAUAAAAAAAUAUAAUUGACCUAAGCCAUGAACAAACCAACCGAAAACCAGACUUUGUUAGCUCAAAACCUUCCAUGCGUAGCUAGCUAGCUACUUUUCGACUUGCGAAGUACCGUGGGCGUGAUGGUAUGAGGCUUAAGCCCAACUGUACAACCAAUCAAGCCCAAAGAGGUAAUGAGAAUAAUUUAAGCAGACAGGCCCAUAAUAAACCCGCGCAUGGUUUUGGAACAUCAACCAAAAGAGGAGGGUACAUAACCCAAAAUGCCGGCACGGUCUCGUCUAGGGUUUUAUUGCUGUCUGGAGAAAAUCGACGAGCAGAGGCAAUGGCGAAGUUCAACGAAGUGCAGAAGAGGAAGAGGGCAGCCAUAGCUGAAAGAAAGAGGCUGGCUCACGGAGACCCCGUCACUGCAAAGCUCAAGGCGAAACAACAGACUAUACCCGUCUCCGGCAAACGCAAGCGCAAGCUCUUGAAGAAAUGGCGCAGAGACCAGAAAGAAGUUGUGGAGAAGGGCCUCGUCACUAUGGAAGACGUUGAGAUGGCGAUUGCUGAUGGUGAAGGCACAUUGAAAGUUAACAGUAAAACAUCAACGAAGUUUAAUGUCAAGAAGGGGCUGAAGCUUAAGCAGUUGAAGCGUGGCAACCCAGGUAAAAACAAAAGUAAGUCUAAGCCAGCAUCUGCGGCUUCAGUUGAUGUGAUGGUCGAAUGAAAUGGCGCAAACAAUGGUUCUCAACAUGCUGAUUCAUUGUGGGGUUUCAAAUCUGAGGACGGGUAUAGAUAGUAGCUAUGGACUUGUCUGUGUUCAAUUGUUGCAUUCUUAUUCUCAAUUUAGUACCUUCUGUGAUCUCCUUCGGUCUUUUUGGGCUUCUUCUCCGGUUGUUAGUAAGUUAGUAACUACGCACUGCCCUGCUAAUUGCAAUAGGGGGAAAUCUAUAUGUCAAAUAUGCCUGGGAAGUAGCAAGAUCUCUUUUUGAUAUAGCAAGUCAAGUGUAAUUUCGAAUCAUGUUUUGUUUCUGUGGAGCAAUGAAAUGAAUUACGGAUUUUUGAUAACUUGACAGCCAAGUGAUAGUUUUGGACCUUGUGCUUCUUACAUAGAAUGGCCGCAGUUUAUGAGUUCUUUCUUUGUCAACAUCAGCAUUACCUCUGGUCUGAAUUUGGAAAGACUUCUUGGUUCCUUUUGACUCUCUGAUGCCUACUAGAAUGAAUCGGGUAAUAUGUUCUGGUGAUAUAUUAUGAGGAUACACUAAUAAGAUUGAUCCUAUCCCUCAAUUUGUAGAUUGUUCCUUGUCCUCUUUGCAGAUGUGUUUGUUUUGUUUAGGGAUCGUUUAGACGUUGGAUUUGAAAAGUAAUGAACUACACUAAAUACAUUAAUGCGGAAAGUUAUGGAUUGUGAUACUUAUUUAGUGAUGGCAAUGGGCGGGGUGGGUACCUCAAUACCUAUGUCUUGUUGGCCGCCUCCUCAAUACCUAUGUCUUGUUGGCCGCCUCGUGCGGGUACAGGGCAGGGCGGGUAAUACCUAUGCGGGUACGGGGCGGGUCAACUCAUUCUGACAUGUUAUUUGAUAAAAAUAUACGUAAAAUUUUACUUUUUAUGAUAAAACGAAGGGGAAAACACUUUAUGAGGAAGACUAGUGAUAAUAGAAUGUGUACUUCACUCUAACUAUUUGAAAGAUUAAUCCUAAUUACUAUUAGUUGAAAUAUGAAUAGAUACGGUAAGAAAUUGAGAUAAAAUGUGGCAAGAACAGAGCGGGGCAAGCUGAGUCCGAAGUAGAUAUCCAUGCCCACACACUACUGCAGGUCGAGUAAUACCUGGCCCAUUAUGGAUCGGGACGGGUCCAAAUUGUCAUCCCACUCAUGAACUCAAAUGUUUAGGUCCUGUUUAGUAUUAUUGUGUGUUUUUGUUUCCUGUUGUGAUUUUAAAAAUUGUAGAAACCAAGAAAAGAAAACAUGUUUAGUUGGAUUUUUUAUUUUUGUUGUGGACUUUAGUGCAACAGGUUUUAACAACCAAGCCCAAAUCAGCAAAACAAUAAAAGAUGGCUUCGUGACUGUUUUAUCUCAUGGUUGCGUACGAGAUUUUCUUUUCACUUAAGUCAUUUCUUUUUUCAUUAAUAUUUUUCUCUUUCUCCGUCACUUUCCUCAUUCCCCCACACUCAUCCCUGUCUCUGUAACUUCCCCCAAAAUCAUCUCCUGCUCUCCAUCUUCUUCUCUCGUUCUCCAUCUGCUUCUCCAGGCGGACAGGGAAGCGGCAGCGUCGAGCUAUUGGGACAGGAGCGGGGUCGGGAGGAAACUUUCCUUUCCUUUUCUUAUCUUCUUCUCUGGGAAGUGGCGUUGCGCAAACUUGUAGGGUAGUGAGUCGAUUAAGCUGGAAUAGUACUCAACAUCGUUCUAAAGGAAAAAACUAGGGGAUUCAACCCAAGAAAGCUCCCAAACUUGUAAUUAACUAGGGUAGUAUAG